AUGCCCCGCCAAAACCCGCCCGAUAAUACCCCCCCCGCCCGGCUCUCUCUCAUCUCCCGACAUCUCGGCCCUGUGUACCCGAUCAACACGCCCUUCACUGUCGAGCGCCUCCCAGACACCAUCGACACCUCCCUGCUGCCCAAGAUCCAGUCACGCAGCCUCUCGACCGAAGCUCCGAAGAUGUCGUCCCAAGCUGCGCACCCCACGCUCCUAAUCCCAGGUCCUAUCGAGUUCGACGAUGCGGUGCUGCAGUCGAUGAGCCACUUUAGCGAGAGCCAUGUCGGUCCCGGCUUCGUUGCUACCUUCGGCGAGACCCUCACUCUCCUACGGAAGCUCUUCCAGACCACCGAUCCGUCCUCGCAACCGUUCGUCAUUUCUGGCUCCGGCACGCUCGGCUGGGAUCUUGUUGCCGCCAACCUGAUCGAACCCAACGAGGACGUACUGGUGCUCGGCACCGGCUACUUUAGCGACGGCUUCGCCGACUGCCUGCGCGUCUACGGCGCCAACGUGACCGAGCUCAAGGCCACGGUCGGCACCAAGCCCCAACUUCCCGAGAUCGAGAAAGCGCUAUCCGAGAAGAAGUACAAGGCUAUUACCGUCACCCACGUCGAUACCUCCACUGGUGUUUUGAGCGAGCUGAAGAACCUGUCCGCCCUCGUCCACAAGGUCUCUCCCGACACUCUCAUCAUCGUCGACGGCGUAUGCAGUGUGGCGUGCGAGGAGAUCGACUUUGAUGGCUGGGGUCUGGACGGUGUUGUCACUGCCAGCCAGAAGGCCAUUGGCUGCCCGGCGGGCUUGUCCAUCUCCAUGUUCAGUGGCCGCGCCCUGAAGGCUGUCCAGAACCGCAAGACCCCUCCAGCUGCUUACUUUGCAUCCAUGAAGAACUGGACACCAAUUAUGCAAAACUACGAAGCCAAGAAACCCUCCUAUUUUGCCACCCCGUCUCCGCAGCUCAUCCAUGCGCUUCACACCGCGCUCAACCAGAUCCUGACCAAGCCGGUCUCGGAACGAUUCGCCGCCCACAAGGCCGGCUCCGACAGGAUCAAGAAGGCCGUGACAGACCUUGGCCUGAAGCAGGUUGCGGGUAACCCCGACGAGCAAGCACACGGUAUGACGGCCAUCUACCUCCCUGACGGGGUCAAGGGCGCCGAGCUGCUGCCCAUCCUUGCCAAGAAGGGCGUGGUAUUUGCGGGCGGCAUUCAUAAGGAGAUUGCGACUAAGUACAUCCGGUUCGGGCACAUGGGCGUCAGCUUGCUUGAUCCCAACCGGACUGACGUGGAUCACGCCCUGAAGUCGCUGGAGGAGGGUUUGGCCGAGUGUGGAUACAGGAAGCCGUAA